AUGACCGCCUCAUCCGGCCCCCAACCCGGCCCCGGCCACCCGGCCGUGCCCGCCGAUCCCCGGUCACCGGUCCCUCCCUCCGCCCCAACAUCCAGCAACACCGUCACCACCACCGGCGCACCACAAGAGACCUCAAAGGACGCGGCACCAACCACCCCGCCCCCAGCAGAAGACGAAGACAACGACACCGCCGCCGCCUACGAAUCCCGCCACGUCCACACGGUCUACGAGGCCAUCGCCCCGCACUUCUCCUCGACGCGCUACAAGCCCUGGCCCCUCGUCGCCUCCUUCCUGCUCUCCCUCCCGCCCGGCUCCGUCGGCCUCGACGCGGGCUGCGGCAACGGCAAGUACAUCGGCGUCAACCCGGACCUCUUCAUCGUCGCCUCGGACCGGAGCGCGAACCUCGUCUCGCUGGCGAGGAGGUACCAGCCGCCGCACUUUGAUGCCGCCGCCGGGCCCAAGAAGAAGAACAAGGGCGGCAACAAGAAGGUCACAGCUGACUCCGACGCACCUGCGACACCGGCACCACCACCACCACCACCACCAAAGAACCAGGUCCUCGUAGCGGACUCCCUAGCCCUCCCCUACCGCACCUCCGCCUUCGACUUCGCAAUCUCCAUCGCCGUGAUCCACCACAUGUCCACCCGUGAACGCCGCCGCGCCGCCGUAGCCGCCCUCCUCUCCGCCGUGCGCCCCGGCACUGCCACGGAACAAGGGGGCAAAGCCCUCGUCAUGGUCUGGGCCCUGGAGCAAGGCAACAGCCGGCGCGGGUGGGACGCCGGCGCCGCGCAGGAUCAGCUCGUGUCGUGGGUGACAAAGGGGAAGAAGGAGAAGCCCGAGGGUAGGGGGCAAGAGAAGGAGCAGGAGAAGGAGAGAGCCGCCGCCGAACCCGCCAAGGACGAGACGUUCCAGAGGUAUUACCACCUCUACCGCGAGGGCGAGCUUGAGGAGGACGUCGUGGAGGUCGGGGGCAGGGUGCUCGAGAGCGGUUACGAGAGGGAUAACUGGUGGGCCAUCUUUUGCCGGGACUCGUGA